AUGCUUCCAUGCAGAAGGCGCGGUCAAGCGCUCGCACGUCGAUUCACAAGAAAACUGUCUGCAAGCACGCAAUUGCAUCAAGAUGUCAGACCGACAACUGCGCCCAAACAGUUUCCGGACUUGAAGAGCAUACGGAACAAUCCCAAAUUGUACUCAGAAAAUGCAGUCACACGGAACUAUGACAGACACAAAGAUAGUCCUCGCAGAAUAGCAGAGCUGUCUGAGACUGUCGCUGCAAUCAACAAAAAUCUGGUGCAGCCCAGAAGAGAGUUGAAAAAUCUUGAGAAAAGACUGGGAGCUGCUCGUGCUGCGAAACAGGAAGAUCAAGCUACACAGCUAUACUCAGCCAUACAGGCCUUAAGAAAGCAGGUUGACGAUGGCUCUACACAGCAAGAGUCAGCUUCAGAUACUGCUGCUGACUUAGCACUAGCUCUACCCAAUCUCACCUCCCCGAACACACCUCUUAAUGGCGAGCCGAAAGUCCUAGGCUAUAUCAACUACGAUCCAGUGUGCCCACCUCAACCAGCUGCCGGAGCAGAUCACUCAGUUAUCGGGCAAGAGCUAGGACUAUUGGACUUCUCCUCUGCCUCGACUACAACCGGCUGGGGUUUCUACUACCUGCUGAACGACGCUGUCCUUCUUGAACAAGCUCUGAUUCAAUAUGCCACCUCGGUUGCUCUAAAACAUGGCUGGAAGCGAAUCACGCCGCCCUCGUUAGUAUACUCUCAUAUCGCUGAUUCUUGCGGCUUUCAACCGAGAGACGCAAAUGAUGAACAGCAGAUAUGGCAAGUUGCUCAGGCGGAUCGUGAUGUUGGGAAACCGAAGCGAAGUCUGGCUGCCACUGCCGAAAUCCCGCUUGCUGCUCUCUGGGCUGACAAGGCCAUACCUCAAAAGUCUCUGCCCUUGAAACUAAUAGGCACAAGUCGCUGUUAUCGUGCCGAAGCUGGAGCAAGAGGUGUUGACACGAAAGGUCUCUACCGUGUACACGAAUUCACAAAGGUCGAAAUGUUCGCCUGGGCUGAUGCACCUCAAGGUGAUAACUUGUCAGCAGAGAAUACAACCGAGUAUUCGACCCAGGUCUUUGAUGAAAUGGUCAGCAUACAAACCGAGAUCCUGUCUUCUUUAGGUCUACCUUGCCGCAUCCUAGAAAUGCCGUCCAGCGACCUUGGUGCUUCGGCCUUCCGGAAGAUUGACAUUGAAGCCUUCUUCCCGUCCAGAUUAAGCCGCGAUCAAGGUUGGGGAGAAUUGACCUCUGUCUCGGUUUGUACAGACUAUCAGAGCAGGAGAUUGAAUACUCGUGUCCAGGAUGUGGACGGUGCCAAGACCCGCUUUCCUCAUACCAUCAAUGGCACGGCAUUGGCCGUUCCUCGUGUCAUGGCUUGUAUACUGGAAAACCACUGGCGAUCAGACGAUCGGGUAGUGGCCAUACCGGAAGUUUUGAGACCAUUCAUGGGCGGUGCCACUACGAUAGGACCUACUUAG